CCCGAGCUUUUCUGCAUACACUCCAAGUUGAAUGCUUUCACCAGCUUUGGUCAUUGAAUACCGCUGUUCCAUGGGCCCUACUAUGGCAAAGAGACACAAUAUGAGAGGGGAUAUAUGCGAAGCACACUCUGGGCCAGGUUCAACGUAAACUGCAACGCUGAGGUGCCAUUUGCUAUGCCCAAUCGUCGGGAUUGCAGUCCAACAUUCCAUUCUUGCCACGUUGCAAGAACCUAUUCGCUAAUGCUCUCUCUAUUUUUUGACCGGAAGAGCAGUGGAACAGGGCGCUGAAAAAUCUCAUUGACAGCUUCGGGUAUAAUAGAAAAGGUAUAUUAUAAUAUACAAGCCAUAUAUCCUCACUUUGCUUAGAAGUUUGGGUUAACUAAGAAAUAUACUAAUAGCGAGUUAGUCGUUUC